CUCCAUGCAGGAGGGGGAGUAUAUAGAGGAACACAGGUCUGUACAAGGACGUGAUGAUGGAGAAUCACCGGCCCCUCACAUCACUGGAUGGGCCCAGUAACAGAGAUACCCCAGAGAGAUGUCCCCGUCUUCUGUAUUCCCAGGAUUGUACAGAGGAGAAUCACAGGAUCCCACAGGAGGAUCAGGUAGAACGCCUGUCUGAUAUUAAAACAGAAAAUAUAGAGGGAGAAGAGACGUAUCUAACUGUUGUAAAGGUAGAAGAUACAGAUGAAGAAGAGAUGUAUCUAACUGUUGUAAAGGUAGAAGAUACAGAUGAAGAAGAGACGUAUCUAACUGUUGUAAAGGUAGAAGAUACAGAGGGAGAAGAGACGUAUGUGAGGGGUGAUCAGCAGUGUAAGGAGGAGGAGAUCCCUACAGAUAUCAGCACAGGUGGACACACAAGCAGGAAUAUCUCAGAAGGACAUCUAAUGUUAUCCCCGGAUUGUGACAUAAAAGAUAAUGACAGUAGACAGGAUUCUCCAGGAGAUAACCCCAUUACCCCAAUUAUACAUCCAGCUCUAUCAGCUGAUCCCCCUGAUCCUGGGAAAUGUUCUGCUGAUCACUCUGAUAUUGGUGCAUCUGUUACAGCUCUGACAGUAGAUACAGUGUUUCCCUGUUCUAUAGAUGCCAAAUGUUUUACACAGAACACAAAGCGUAUUACCCAUCAGCCAGCUAAGGCAGGGGAGAGGCCAUUUCCAUGUUCUGAGUGUGGGAAAUGUUUUACAUACAAAUCAGGUCUUGUUUCACAUCAGAGAAGGCACACAGGUGAGAAGCCAUUUUCAUGUUCUGAGUGCGGGAAAUGUUUUACAUACAUAUCGCUUCUUGUAAUACAUAAGAGAAUACAUACUGGUGAGAAACCAUAUUCCUGUUCUGAGUGUGGGAAAUGUUUUACAUACAAAACAACUCUUGAUGCACAUAAGAGAAGUCACACAGGUACAUCACAAUAUCCAUGUAUGGAGUGUGGGAAAUAUUUUGCACAGAAAUCACAACUUGCUAGACAUCAGAGAAGUCACACAGGUGAGAGGCCAUUUCCAUGUUCUGACUGUGGAAAAUGUUUUGCACGGAAAUCCCACCUUGUUACACAUCAGCUAAGUCACACAGGCGAGAAGCCAUUUCCAUGUCCUGAGUGUUGGAAAUGGUUUGCACAGAAAUCAGAUGUUGUUAAACAUCAGAGAAAUCACACAGGUGAGAAGCCAUUUCUAUGUCCUGAGUGUGGGAAAUGUUUUGCACACAAAUCAGAUCUUGUUAGUCAUAACAGAAGUCACACAGGGGAGAAUCCAAUUUCUUGCUCUGAGUGUGGGAAAUGUUUUAGACGGAAAUCACAACUUGUUAUACAUCAGAGAAGUCACACAGGCGAGAAGCCAUUUCCAUGUCCUGAGUGUGGGAAAUGUUUUACACAGAAAUCACAACUUGUUAUACAUCAGAGAAGUCACACAGGCGAGAAGCCAUUUCCAUGUCCUGAGUGUGGGAAAUGGUUUGCACAGAAAUCAUAUCUUGUUAUACAUCAGAGAAGUCACACAGGUGAGAAGCCAUUUCCAUGUCCUGAGUGUGGGAAAUGUUUUGCACACAAAUCAGAUCUUGUUAGUCAUAACAGAAGUCACACAGUGGAGAAUCCAAUUUCUUGCUCUGUGUGUGGGAAAUGUUUUACACGGAAAUCCCAUCUUGUUAUACAUCAGAGAAGUCACACAGCUGAGAAGCCAUUUCCAUGUUCUGAGUGUGGGAAAUGUUUUGCACUGAAAUCAUCUCUUGUUAGACAUCACAGAAGUCACACAGGUGAGAAGCCAUUUUCUUGCACCGAGUGCUGGAAAUGUUUUACACGGAAAUCCCAUCUUGUUAUACAUCAGAGAAGUCACACAGGUGAGAAGCCAUUUUAAUCUUCUGGAGUAUACUUAUCAUUGCCAUGCGUUGUUCUUCAAGGUUCUUAUCCUAUCUUCUAUGCUUUUUGCAAUAUACAUGCUACCACUGGGUUAAAUAAUUAGAUGUCAUGCCCUCAUCUGCUGCUGCUAUACAGAUGACCUGUCUUUUACUCAGUGUACCGAGAACCCAGUACCAAUCCUAAAUGGUUGUCUAGCUGAGCUCCAGGUGUGGGUGAUGCCAGUUGGCUGUGAAACAGGUCCAUAUGAUAGAAGCUCACCAAUAAAGGACAGGGCUACAGCUCAGCUUUGCAAACCAAUCAGACUUACGCUUGGGGGUUCAGAGUUACAAAAUGCUGAUCCUGUGCGGAAUCUAGGUGUCCUGGAUGGUGGAGUGUAACUUAGACAUCAGGUAUCUACCACAAUUGGAUCCUCAUCUGAGGAACAUAGCCAGACUCCAGCACUUAUUUCCCUCAGAAAAUCUACCUACUGUCAUACAUGCACUUGUAGCAUCACACAUAGACUACUGCAAUGUCCUCUACCUGGGUCUCCCAGCAAAAUAAUUGCCCCGGUUGUAGCUUGUACAGAAUGCAGCAGCCAGGCUGUUACCUAACCAGCCCGUUCCUGCCACAUCACACCCAUUCUCUGCUCCCUUCACUGGCUGCCUGUAAGAUGGUGACUCUGGGCCUAAUUCAGGUUGGAUUGCAGUGUGUGACCCAAACGGAAUUCAGAAAAAGUUGUGGAUGCAUGCGCAGCGCCAAUACUGCGCAUUCGCCCUCAUUUUCUGCAGAACAUGCGAUUGCCUGUCAGGCAGAGGCAGUCACGUGGGGUAAGCGGGCAAUGCUCCAUUUCCAGGGAGGAUGCGGUGCGGGGGCGGUGUGAAUGGAGGGCAGAGGCAGACAAACGUGCAUCAUCACGGUGGCUUUGUGACAUCACAUGCAGCCGCCGUGAUUGAGGAGAAUGCGGUGGUCCUGCGGGUGCAGCUUAGCUGCAGCAGCAGGAGGCUUCACUAAUUUCUACGAUGAAGCAGAAAUUGUGAGGCAAUCGCAUUUUCUGCUUCAUCAGGGGGGAGGUGGCGGUCAGCAUGCUGGGUGGCCUUGCCCUGCGAUGGGCAGCCCCUAGCGCGCUAGGAAAAGGAUUGCAAAUUCUUCUAAUUAACAGCAUCUGCAAUCCUUACUGAAUUAGUCCCUCUAUUAAAUAAUCUUACUGACUCUCCCAGCCUUGCAUGACCAUGGUACCAGAAGCAGCUUCUGCCUCCGUACUGCCCUGGUUACUUCCAUCUGUUGAUGAAGGACUUAGCAGUACCAUAAAUUCCCAAGCAGUGCUUAGAUGUCGGGGAGACAGGGUGGGUGGCAGUAGUGCAGUAGCGGGGGCUGCUGGAGGCAGUGUCUAAGUGGGCAAUGUCCCCAAGCAGCGCUGAGGAGGGUGACAGGGCAGGGGGCAGUAGUGGGAACAUUUGGAGGCAGUGUCUAUGUGGGUAUACAUCCACAAGCAGGGCUGAGAUGUCAGAGUGGGGAGAC